AUGAUUCUCCCCGCUUCCGAUGUUGUCGGCACAGCUUCUCUCGUUCCUCCACCAUCCAUCACCAAUCGGCAACCAGGCGAUGUGGCCUACUUCGACCACUUCCGGAACCAUGUUGCACACAUACUGAGUGAUGAAAGACCUGGGUUGUUCUGGCAGCAAACGGUGUUACGAGAGGCAGCCCAGGAUGGGUGUAUUGCCGACUGUAUUAAUGGUAUCAGUGCCUUGAUGCGAGCUGCGUCACAUAACCAGUCCAAUCUUCCGCUGUUCCAAGUACCGCUGUCCAGUUCACCCCUAAGUUUUCACUACCGCAAAGCUAUCAACUACUAUAUGACUGCGCUGAGAAAAUUCCGUCAGCUGCUGUCAAGUCAAAACAAGGCGGUGCCACCACGGCUGAUUCUCAUCACUGCCAUCCUCUUCACCACCUUUGAGCUGAUUCAUGGCAACACGGAGGCCUGUGACAGAAUAACAGCAACGACGCUAUUCAUACUCAAUGAUAAACUGCUUCAUCGCGCGAACGCUGAUGACAAGUCACUUCUGGCUUCCCCCCUAGACGACUUGGGAGUUUCCGAUGCCGAGUAUUACUUAACACGCACCGCCGCCUUCAACUCCAUCUUUUCACCACUAUAUCCAGAAACUACAGAGCGGCUCCUAUACCUAAACAUGCAUGGCAUGUCGGGAGUUGAUCCCAUUGAUCUUACUCAAAGUCUGGACUGCUUUUGGUCAGGGUGGUGGCGAAUGAUGACGUUGGCUGUUGUCUGGUCCCACCGCAUCUUGGGACUGGUCAAAAGGGGGUAUUCAAUCGACGAGAAUUCAAGAAUAAUGCAGCAGCAUAAGAGCCUCCUCACAAAAACAAGUUGUUGGCUGGCGCCAGCGCAGGAGCGAUUGGCAGCUGAGAGCGACCCUGAUGCACGGUAUCUCAUCAAAGUCGUCAUCUGCGGAAUAAGGAUCGUGUGCAUUUCAUUACGUUGUGGAGUUGAUCCUUCAGGGGCGACUUGGGAAAAGAAUGCCCAAGAAUGUCUAGACAUUGUCACUUAUGUGCGGGAGGUUGUCACUUCUCGAGAUCUUCCUAGUGGGUCAAUGAUAAAUGACGGAUUGGCAACUGCUAUGAUUCAAAUAGCGCGCGAAUGUCGAGAUUGGAAAACAAGAUCGAUGGCGUUAGAGACCGGACGACUUUUGGUGCGUGCCGGAUCAAGCUGGGAUAUGAAGGCUAUAUACAUGGGAACUUGUGCUCUGGCGGCGGCUGAAGAGCCAGGAAGGAAUAGCAAAGGUCGUAUUCCACUGGAUCGACAGUAUAAUUGGGUAUCUGCUUCUUGGGACUAUGAUUCCUCGCGACUUCGAGUUACCCUUGUGCCCAAAGUUUUGGGCGAAUGCGCUUAUCGGGAACAAAAGCAUGUAAUUGUUCGAUUGGAUGAGCUUGGUCUAGCACUCAAUCCCCAAGGAUAG